GGACGUUAUGAAGAGGUGGGAGAGAAGGAACUGGACCAGAAAUCAAGAUGGCGGAGGAACAGCAGGAAACAACACAGGGAGAUAUGGAGGGGGUGAACUGCCACGCCUAUGACGAGGCCAUCAUGGCACAGCAAGAUAGGAUUCAGCAGGAGAUAGCCACCAGUAACCCCUUAGUGUCGGACAGACAGGACCUCUCUGUGCUGAAGGGGGAGUACGCACAGGAAGAUACUGUAUAUCAGAUGAAGAUUAAGGAUUUGCAAAAAAAGUACUCCUAUAUUAGGAAGACACGACCAGAUGGAAACUGCUUCUACAGAGCCUUCGGCUUCUCCCACCUGGAGUCCCUGCUGGACGACAGCAAAGAGCUGCAGAAGUUCAAAGCAGUGGCAGCCAAGAGCAAACUGGAUCUGGUGAAUCAGGGCUUCACUGAGUUCACCAUCGAAGACUUCCACAAUACGUUCAUGGACCUCAUUGAAAUGUGUGAAAAGCAGCCCUCCCUGGGGGACCUGCUCAACUCCUUUAAUGACCAGAGCGUGUCGGACUACGUGGUGGUGUACCUGCGGCUCCUCACCUCUGGCUACCUCCAACGGGAGCACACCUUCUUCCAGCACUUCAUUGAGGGGGGGCGCUCCAUCAAAGAGUUCUGCCAGCAGGAGGUGGAGCCCAUGUCGAAAGAGAGUGAUCACAUCCACAUCAUCGCCCUGGCCAAGGCCCUCAACGUCUCCAUACUGGUCGAGUAUAUGGACAGGGGCGAGGGAGGCACAGUCAACCAUCAUGUCUUCCCAGAAGGCAGUGAUCCCCGCAUAUUCCUUCUCUACAGACCGGGCCAUUACGACAUUCUUUACAAAUAGCGCCGCCCUGUCUGUCAUCUACUGCUACUACUUUUGAAUACGAAAAGAGCCAUGAGGAUGCAUACAUCUGUGUACAAAAAAAAGUGGCGGUAUGGUAUUUAAAAGCAACAUGACAUACAGUCCCCUCGAGCCUCCCAUUGUCCCUCAUCACAAAAACUGAAAUAAUAAAAAUGUUUAAAAAAAAAUAGCAGUGACUC